AUGGAGUAUUUCUUGGUCUUAGGUUUUGUGGGGAUUCUCAGAGAAUCUCUCAAAAUCUUCUUCAAAAAUAGGAAGCUCAUGGCAUUCCUUACUUUGCUAAUCCUUUCAUUCAACUCAAUAUUUUUUUUCAUCAAUGUCCUCUCCAUCAAACCAUUAUGGUCUGACUUAGUUUUGGAGCUAAGUCUCUUACCUUCCACAGAGCCCAAAACUUCCGAAUUUUUCCACCUUCUCGCGGCGAUGAAAGAAGAUAUUCGAUCAUAUAUCGGCCUCGAAUGGAUGUUUAUUGUUUUCAGUACUCUUGCCUCCAUGUUUUUAGCAACUUCUAUCGUCAUUGCAGCAGCCGUGUGCCAUGGAGGAAGAAGCUUAUUAUCUUUCAGAAAACUGUUGUGGGCAACUGUUGCGUUACAGACAAGGCCUUUCUUCACUCUCUUAUAUAAUACCGUUCUGAGAUAUGGUUACUUUUUUCUUUUCUUGGCAAAUCUUUUUCCCUUUCUUCUUGUUGUUCAACAGAUGGUCACCUCAAAGGUCUUAUUAUCUACUGUAAUUAUAAUUCUAGCUUCAGUUCUGUAUAUUUACUUGAAUGUUACUUGGAAUUUAGGGUUUGUUGUCUCAGUUUUGGAAGAGAAAAGUGGAAGUGAGGCUAUCGGAAAGGCAGCGAAAAUCAUUAAGGGCAAGCGGCUGCAUGGUUUUAUUUUGAAUCUUGUGUUUAUGAUUUUAACUUUGGUGAUAUUCCUGAGUGAUUUGACGGUGAAACUAGCAGCUGCGAAUUCAGUGAUUAUUGGGUUUUUUGUGACGGUUGUUCUCGGCCUGGUGAAUAUAUUGCGGUGGAUGGCAUACACAAUUUUGUACUACCAGUGUAAGAAGAACCAUGGAGAAGAGGUUGAGUUGCCAUGGAGCAAAGGUUAUAGCCAAGUACCUAUACAUCCUCUUCUUAAUGACAAUGAACCGUCUGAUCACCAAGGAGAGGCAUGUGAUGCGUGAUUUGAUCAUCCUAAUGAUGUUGCGUUGUGAAAGUGUAUUUGCAGUUAUAAUAAAUAAGCCUAUUUGAGUUGAA